AUGUCGCCCGGCCGACCGGAUGGACGUACGGGGUGGGGCGAAUGGACCCGGUCUGUCCGUCCGGUACCAUCGUCUCGUCAGGCCGGGAGGGAUCGUCAGGUGGUGACGCCAGCGAUUCUCCCUUCCGCUCUUCCUGUCGGCGCUGUCCUCCACUCGUCACGACCGCUUCGAGGACAGCCGAGUCCGACCGCCAGGCCGGGCUCGGCUGUCCGUCAAACUGACCCGGUCAGUGCUCUGCCGCGUACUUUAUACCACAUCAAGUGGUAA